CUGCGUCACAUGCGUGGGUUUCCUGAAGCCAGCAGCAAAAUUAUGCUAGCUAGGUAGCAAGCAUUUUUACAGGCAUUUUCAUUCAGUUGACAUCAAAAGGCGGUAGCUAAGUUAGCAAGCUAUAACUAGCUACAGAUGAACAUAAAUUGAGAAUGGAUAUAACGUUAACAACAUUUGUAGCAAAACGCUGUGUUUGUGGAAUAAUUUUUCAAAUCAGCGGUCAACCCUUACAAGCCUGAGCUAGAAUAUAAUUUUUUAUAUUCAGAAAAUAGCCACCGGUAUUUUUAUUUGCCUGACUCUUCAAAGACUGAUUAGAAAUGAGUAUUGAAAUCCCAGACGGACUGACAGAGCUGUUGCAAAGCUUUACAGUGGAAGUGUUGAGGAAUCAGCCAGGAGACCUUCUGGACUUUGCCUUGCAGUAUUUCAUCCAACUGAAGGAGAAUCAGACAGAAGCCGCCUUUGACAAUGCCCGACAUUCGGCUAACGGUAGACCUGGUGGUGGUGGCAAUGUUAGCAGUGGAAGGGCGGUCAAUUUUGCCGAGGAGGCAAUGCAAAUUGAUUCAGAAAAUGAAGAAGAUGAUGAUGAGGAGGAAUUCGUAGCUCCAGUGAUCAACAGAUUCUUGAGAAGAUCUUCAGUGUGUGCUGAAGCAUUUAACCCUGAGGAGGAGGAGGACAAAGAGCCCAGGAUCACCCAUCCUAAAACCGACGAGCAGAGGCACAGACUACAGGAGGCCUGCAAAGACAUUCUGCUGUUCAAAAACCUAGACCCGGAGCAGAUGUCCCAGGUACUGGAUGCAAUGUUUGAGAUGCCAGUGGAGGCUGGCGAACACAUUAUAGACCAGGAUGACGAUGGGGACAACUUCUAUGUUAUCGAAAGAGGGACCUUUGACAUCCUGAUGAAAGCAGACAGGGUGGAGCGUGUGGUGGGUUCCUAUGACAACCAGGGCAGUUUUGGUGAGCUGGCCCUGAUGUACAACACCCCCAGGGCUGCCACCAUCAUCGCCACCUCUGUUGGAGCCCUCUGGUGCAUGGACCGACCGACGUUCAGGAGGAUCAUAGUAAAGAACAACCACAAGAAGAGGAAGAUGUACGAGGCUUUCAUCGAGUCACUGCCCCUGCUCACAUCCCUACAGGUCUCUGAGAGGAUGUGUGUGGUGGAUGUUCUAUCCUCCAAGACCUACACUGAUGGAGAACAGAUUAUAGCUCAGGGGGCCACAGCUAACUGUUUCUACAUAGUAGAAUCUGGUCAAGUACGAAUAACAAUGAAUACGAACAAGUUGAAAAAGGAGGACGGAGAAGGGGUGGAAGAGGAUGUGGAGAUUGCCAUGUGCACCAGGGGACAAUACUUUGGAGAGCUGGCUCUGGUCACCAACAAGCCCCGGGCUGCUUCAGCGUACGCUGUAGGAAACGUCAAGUGUCUAGUGAUGGACGUGCAGGCGUUUGAGCGCCUGCUGGGCCCCUGCAUGGACAUCAUGAAGAGGAACAUCGUCAACUACGACGAGCAGCUGGCCGCGCUGUUCGGAAGUGACACUGACAUUCACAACAACGACACCGCGUCAUAGAAUACACUCGGCAUAGACAGCUGAGACUCUCCUGAGGGGCCAAAUACCCCUGGUACUGAUCUGCUUUAUUAUCAGUCUGCUUUAACACAUAUCACCCACUAUGUUAAUAUUACAGCAUUAGCAAUCAUACCAUUUUAGAUAGAAAGAGGUUUGUUCAUACUGCAAACUCAGACUUCAUAUGAGAUUAAUCCCAUUUGUAUAGUUUUAGUAUUUUGUAUGAUACAUGAACAUAGUGGUGUUUGUUAAUGACCUUCAGAUUCAUUCCUGGCCUUAUAUCCAAAUGGUACAUAUUAAGACACACUUUUAUCAGGUUUGUCUAAUAGAUAAACUACGUUAUGGCUUUUGAUUCAAAAUGCAACAUUGGGGUCAUCUAUUGUUCAGCAUUUAACCUUCCCUCACAGAAAAACACUUUAAAAAGAUGUUGCUAUAUUGUUUGUUGCCUAUAAAUGUUACCACAAGCAUAUGAAUUCAUAAUGAAAUAAGAUUACAUAUGUUGUUUCUUAUCUCCCAGAUGUAUUAGCUACUUUUUAGAGUAACAUUUUAGUCUGGACAAUUUGUGUCAUAUGAAAACAAAAAAAAUUCCAGCACAACAAAGCAACUUAGAGCUGGUAGUAAUAUAUUUCAGUGUACCUUUAAUUUGUAGUUGCCAACUUAUUUUUGAUUAAAUUGAACAAUGCAUAUUGUACUUGAAGUUUGUAAUUGUGCUAUAAUCCUGGGUUAAGCAUUUAUGAUCUAGUUGGUAAAGAGCAUUUGUAGCCAAUCAUUUGUUAAACUACCGUAUUAUAUUUGUUAAAUCAAAUGGGACAUUGACACGACUUGGUGCUCAGUAGCAAAGAAAGGCAGUAUUUCCUGACAAAUCUAUAUAUAAAGUUGGUCUAAACAGAACCAAUGAAUGAAUGGACUGUGAUGCUGACUUCAUUUCUUUACUAGUUAUUGUGUUAUAAGCUGUUAAUAAGUUGUCAGAGGUUGUUUCUUUGAUAGUGUCUUUUCCCAUGUGAUUUCUGAUGUAUCAGUGGGCGUUUUGGAGAGCUGAUUUUGAGCUGUUCAACGGUUAUGAUGGAGCUCUUUGGUCUAAGAGCUUCACUGCCUGUAUUGUAAUGAUUCCCUCAAUAUUUCCAAACAGGUAAAAUAGACAUAGGGUGUCUUUGUAUGGAAAUAUCAGAUAGGGAAAUUCUCUUAGCAUUUAUCAUAUUGCUGCUAGACUUCGGUACAUAGUUUCUUUGGUACAGUCCUUUCAAAAGAAACAUAUUCUUUGUUUUUGUAAUUCAACGCACUGCUCUCCUUAAUAGCUUAGGACCGUAUUUGCCUUUUUGAACCAGAGAUUUCAUAAGUGUCAUAAUUUUAACCUGCCAAUACAUCGUCAGAUAGAUGUUCAACCUCCAAUGCAAGUAAAUCUCUAAACCAGUUUUAUCAGUCAACUGAAAGGAUUUAUCUUGCCUACCUCUGCACAUAAUUACCUAUGCCAACAACAGGUAUCUGCCAUUCCUUGUUUCAUGGUGUUAAUGUUAGUGUUCUGUGUGUGAAAACAAGAGUUCAAUUUGUUUUAAUUAAAUAUUUUUUUUAAGGGUCCACUCCGGCACUUGCUUUGCAGUUUCCCCUUUUUCUUGUAAUGUUGUUUACAAUACGCCUAAUUUCCUGAGUAUUUUCAGUAUCUUAACUGUUAUUUGAAUUUCCAUUGCAAUAAACUUAGGUUUUGUAUAAAUAAUU